GACUCUGCCCUUGCGGAAAUGGACUGUGGGCAGCCCCAGCUGAAGCGACCCUUUGAGCUUCUUAUUGCAGCUGCCAUGGAAAGAAACCCAACCCAGUUCCAGUUGCCGAAUGAACUGACCUGCACCACAGCACUUCCAGGAGUUGCAGAGUGGCACCUCUUAUUCAGUGUGAUUACUGCCCCCUCCUGUUCCACAUGGAUUGUCUUGAGCCCCCUCUUACUGCCAUGCCCCUGGGCAGAUGGAUGUGUCCAAAUCAUAUUGAACAUGUGGUGCUGAACCAGAAGAACAUGACCCUGAGCAAUCGGUGCCGGGUUUUUGAUCGGUUCCAAGACACCAUAUCUCAGCAUGUUGUCAAGGUGGAUUUCCUGAACCGAAUCCACAAGAAACACCCUCCCAACCGCAGAGUUGUUCAGUCAGUGAAGAGAAGAGGUUUGAAGGUUCCUGAUGCGAUAAAAUCUCAGUACCGGUUUCCACCCCCCUUACUUGCACCUGCAGCAAUUCGGGAUGGUGAGCUCAUCUGUAAUGGGGUCCCUGAGGAAUCCUCACAGAAGCACCUUUUGAAUUCUGAGCACUUAGCCAGCCAGUCAGAACAACAAGAGUGGCUCUGUAGUGUUGUUGCGCUCCAGUGCAGCAUUUUGAGACAUUUAUCUGCUAAGCAGAUGCCUUCGCUUUGGGACUCUGAACAGACAGAGAAGGCUGAUAUUAAGCCUGUUAUUGUGGCAGACGGCUCAAUCACCAACCCUUACCAGGCAGCUGACAAGGCACUCACACCUUCCCUUUAUUCUGUGUCGUGCACCUCAGGGAUUACCACCCAGAAUUCCUUGAGCUCUUCUCAAUCCCAGCAGUCUUUACCACAGGAAGAUGUCAAUUGCAGCUCUUGUAUGGAUAAGUCAAAGAAAGUAUCUUCUUGCGGGACUUCUAAUGGGCCAACAGCCUCUGAAGUUAAAGUAAAUGGUCCUCAUUUGUAUGGUGUUUCCUCUGAACCUUCGGCACAUUUGACUGAUUCUCAGAGGCUAAUUGGCCCAGGUAAUGCAAUACCUGGGCUGUCUCAUCGGCAAACGUGGGCUAGGCCUCUCACCCCUCCAGCAGCUUGUGGACUUCUGAAUCACACAGUUGGAACUGUUGUGAAGACGGAGAACAUAGCAGGACCCGUUUCUUGUGCACAAAGGGGUUCUGUGCCAGUCACAAGUAUGCCUGCUUCCAUACCAAGCUCUUGUUCCAGCCUAGAGACCACCAGCACUUUGCAAAGAAAGAAUGUCCAGACGCAGAUAGGCCCCCCGCUGACAGCAGAAUUGCGAUCAAUUGGUUCCCCUUUGACUGCCACAAGGGCUCUUACUCCUCCACAGGCAACGGGAGAUGGGAUCUCUGCCAUCGGAUCCACACACAGAUUCUGUUCACCAGCACCACCUUCAGAUGGUAAGGUCAGUCCCAGCACCGUAUCCAUAGGAAGCUCUUUAACUGUCCCCUCAUCUUUCACUUCAAACUCUGCAGCUAUGUUGGACCUCACCAGCUCUGUGAAAGCAUUAAUGGAUGGCAACAGCGAGAUUGAGAUAAAUAUGCUGGAUGAGAAGCUAAUCAAGUUUCUGGCCUUGCAGAGAAUACAGCAGCUCUUUCCUUCCAAAGUUCAAUCUGUAGUGAGCAGUGUCAGUUCCCAUCAGUCGUCUCCUUUGGCAAAUCACAUUGAAGUGCAAAGAAAGGAAGUGCAAGCCCGGGCAGUGUUCUAUCCCCUGAUGGGCACAGGAAGUGCAGUGAACAUGUGCUACAGAACCCUCUACAUCGGGACAGGAGCUGACAUGGAUGUGUGCCUUACAAGCUACGGUCACUGUAACUAUGUGUCUGGCAAACAUGCCUGCAUAUUCUACGAUGAGAAUACAAAACAUUACGAGCUGUUGAACUACAGUGAGCAUGGGACGACUGUGGACAAUGUUCUGUAUUCAUGUGACUUCUCGGAGAAGACCACGCCCAUUCCUCCCAGCAGCAUUGUUGCCAAAGUGCAGAGUGUGAUCAAAUGCCACAAAGGCAGAAAAGAGGAUGAGGAGCCGCACGAAGAAGCAGUCGUGAUGAAUUCCCAGGCACAAGGGCAACGCCGGAAACCCUGCAAUUGCAAAGCCAGCAGCUCUAGUUUAAUAGGGGGCAGCGGAGCGGGGUGGGAAGGAACAGCCCUGCUCCACCACGGCAGUUACAUCAAACUGGGCUGCCUGCAGUUUGUCUUCAGCAUCACUGACUUUGCAACCAAACAGCCCAAAGGGGACGCUGCCUUAGUACAAGAGAUGGACUUGGAGGAAAAGCUCUCUCUGAAACCCCACCAGGUGCCCGUGCUGCGGUCCAACUCCGUUCCCUAGGAGCUGAGGCAGAGCCGUGGGGGAAGAAAAGCCCUGUCCUUAGACUCCUGCAAUGCAAAAAUGUACAAACCAAGUUGGGAUUUUCUGUCGGCCCAGAAACUGUUCACGCGCCGUUUGCAUGAAAUGAAGAACGUUUCACUUUUUUAAUUAUUUUCUUCUUUUGCUCAAGUUUUAGGGGCAUUUGCACAUAUAUUUGUACUAUACAUUUCAUUUUAAAAGGAAAGCUGCAGCAAGAGGAGGACGUGUCAGAGCGAGGAGGGGGAGGGGCGGGUGCUGGCUGACUUGGACUCUCUCUGACAGAUCGGUCCCAUGCAGUUGUAAAAUAAUCAAAAACUUGUUCUAUUUUGUGCCAGUGACAAUAGUUUUAUAUUAAAAGAGAAAAAUACAGUUUUCAUACAGCAAAUCUAUACAAUAUCAUUGUUUUAUUUAAUGUAAAGAAGUGCUAUCCUCCCCCCACUUAUUUUACCCCACCCUCCCUGCUAUGGUUGCACUACAAGUAGCUACUGUGUAUUAUGGGCAAUGAGAAGUGAGUUCUUUUCCUGGUGUCCAUCCUAUUUUAUUUCAAAGAAGGAAAAGUAUUGGACUCUGUGUAAAUACAUCCGUGAUGGCAUUUUCAAUGUUUUAAAGCUGUGUACAGUGCUACAUGUGGUAUGACGUUGCCUCAAACUGUCUAUUGUAGCAAAUCGUUUGUCGUAAACCUGUUUGUCUUUUUUGUUCUCUGCCACCUCCCCGCCCUCCAGAACAGCUAGUUCCGAUGUACAUAGUCAUUGUAAUGUUUUAGACUUUACAGAAACUUUCCUGUAUUCUGUAUAUAAAAAACAAAAUACGUCA